GUCAGAAUGAGUUGAAAUAGUCGCAGCCAUUUGUGGGGUGAGGACCAGAUCGACGCGAUUUUUGUUUUUUUUUUGAGAAAGUCGUGGGUUUCCAAUUUUGGUGAUGAUUACUGCAGAUUGAGGAGCCUCAGGAUGUGCUCGGGGUCCUGUCAUGGGCAUUUUACAGGAUGACAAUGCAGAUUGAUUGGGAAUUGAUGGGAUGAGGAAUUCUGAGAUUGUGAUGGGUUAAUAAUUUACUGGAAAACUAUGGAAUUCAUGGGUGACACUGGAGAUGCUCUGGAUCCAAGGAUACAGAUCGAGCUGGAAAACCUGAACAGUGCCACUGAAGAUAUAAACAAACUCGAGAGCGAAUUGGAUGAAGCCCAAUCACUCUUCAAACAGUUAUACUCGGAUUUAGACAGCCAGUUGAGCGAAAUCACCAGUAAAAUAGGUUCUAGCUGUGUUGAUAAGGCGAAAUGCUAUUACAAAGCCCUAGAAGAAGCACGACGAGCUCAGGUGCAGUGUCAACAGCAAGUGCAACUUUUUCAAAGAGCUAGCGAAUUCCAUGCAGCUGCUAAAAAGAGUGCAGCGUCUGCAGAAUUGAGAUGUAUGUCCAGCAAGCAGGAAGCGAAUUUCGAUCAGUCGUGGCAGGAUAUGUUGAACCAAGCGACAACUAAGGUGAUGCACGCAGCGAAUCAAAAAGCAGAGUGUGAAAAAGAACACCUGCAAAAAGCCCUGAUAUUUCACAAUGCAGAAAGGAAAGCCCAGGAAUACCAGAAAAAAUAUCAACGAGCGAUAAUCAAAGCCCGGCCCUAUUUCGAGGUGUGGACGAUUUACAAUGAGAAAUUUGAGAUGCAGAAGCAGCAAGUCGACUGCCUCAAGAAAGCUAUCAGGGACGCCAAAAGAAAUUAUGCCAAGAGUUUUAAGGCUCUGGAGGACAUCAGCAAUCAGAUUCAUGAGCAUCGAAGAGCCUACGCCAAUGGACCACGAGAGCCAGGGGUGGGGGCAGAACUGUUGACUCCGGACAUGAAUUCAAAUCAUGAAGAUGAUUCUAAUAAGGAAAUAUUAAAGUUAGAACAUCGAGCAGAGAAUAUAAAUAAUCGACUGGUAGACGGUAGUGAAACGACUCAGACUCAAUGGGAAAUCGAAUUUCAAUCGAAUUUGAAAAAUCUGCCCUCCAAAGAAGAACAAAACUGUGAAGAGAGCUCUCUAAAUCUAACGGGUUCCCAUAAAAACUCUCCAAUGAAGUGUCAAGACUCAUUUAAUAAAAUCCCUCAAGAAAAAAGACGUGAGAAAAUGUCAACGAAUGAAUGGCAGUUUCCAGUCUUAGGGAAUUGCAAACUAGUGAAAAGUCGAUGGAUCUCCAAGUCCCUUGGGGAUAUUCCAGCGAAUGCCAGUGGCGAGUUCAAUUCUGGAAUAAAAAAUGUGGUGAAAAGUGUUCAAAAGACGCCGAGAGACUAUUGAAUAAUCGCAUCGACGAGUGCGACUUCGAGGGUUUUCCCUUCAUUCAGUAUUCGAUUAAUCAAAUUCAUUAGGAAUUAUUAUUAAGCUGAGGUAAAUGGUUUUAAUGAAGAAUUUAAUAUUGUUCGUGAGUGAGAGAAUAUUCGUGUUACGGGGAAAUAAUAUUUUAGAAAUCCUUUUGAGGAUUGAGUGAGAUAAAAUAGAUAGAAGAGUGAUAUUAAUAGACAGAUUAACUCAUGAAUUCAUCUGUAAUUCCUCUAUCAUUUUCACAACACGAGGAGUACAUGAAAAUCCAUCUACUAACGCUUAAACCAUUACGAAUUAAUUGGGGUUUUGCCUAUUUUUUCAUUCUUCACUAUAAAAAUUUAUUAUAAAUUUUUCUACCACAAACACGUGGUAAAAACCGUAUCAAAUGACUAAAUCUAUUGUUUUCUUGUCUUUUUUAUUUAAAAAAUCGUCCAAUACGUGGCGGAAAAUACUAUUUUUUUUUUACUUUAAACAAUGAAAAUAUUUAUUUUCCUUGAAUUAUCCAGAAAUAUCCAGAAAUCACGGUAAAUCCGAAUUUUAUGCAGAGAAUAAAAGAAUUAACGAAUUUUUGACUUGACUAAAAAUAUAUUGAGUUAAUAAAUUGGGUAAUACUCCACAAUCGAAAUGCUCAACAAAGAACGUGCGUUCUUUUCUGUCAAUUGAUCGAAUCUGAGAAUCUUAUUCUCAAUGUAAUAGUAAGGCUAUUUGAUACUUGUUCUUUGUUACGUGCAUGGGAACGUGUGAAUCCAGAUUUGUUUGUAUUUAAAUAAUAAAUAAAACUUUGCAACUUCA